CUCCACGCUCAGUCAGAGGCGACUGACAAGAUCGGUGUGGCGAUGAAGAGCUCCGCUACAAUAGUGCUUAUUUUGGCUGCUGUACGCUUGUCUCAACUUUCCCCAACCCCCGUAUAUUCGGCGGAAGAGGAAUUUGAAUUCAAGUUAUGGAUGUCCCAGUACAACAGAGCAUAUGGUCUUGAGGAGUUCUACCACAGACUGCAAAUAUUCACACAGAACAAGAAAAGGGUUGACCAUCACAAUGCAGGAAACCACAAAUUCACAAUGGGUCUGAACCAGUUUUCUGACCUGACCUUUGCUGAGUUCAGGAAGUCCUUCCUGUUGACUGAGCCUCAGAACUGCUCUGCCACAAAGGGAAGUCAUGUUAGCAGUAACGGACCUUACCCUGAUUCGGUGGACUGGAGAAAAAAGGGGAACUACGUCACACCUGUGAAGAACCAGGGCGGCUGUGGGAGCUGCUGGUCGUUCUCUACCACAGGCUGCCUGGAGUCUGCCACGGCCAUCGCUUCCGGAAAACUCCUGUCCCUGUCGGAGCAGCAGCUGGUGGACUGUGCCCAGGACUUCAAUAACCAUGGCUGCAAUGGCGGACUGCCUAGUCAGGCCUUCGAGUACAUCAUGUACAACAAAGGACUUGCAACCGAGGACGACUAUCCAUACAAUGCAAGAGACAAUCCCUGCAAGUUCCACCCGAACCUGGCAGCUGCAUUUGUGAAGGAUGUUGUCAACAUAACAAUGUAUGAUGAAAUGGGUAUGUUGGAUGCCGUGGCCAGGGUCAAUCCUAUCAGCUUUGCGUAUGAGGUGACGGGUGACUUUAUGCACUACAGUGGAGGGGUGUAUAGCAGCACCACGUGUCAGAACACCACGGACAAAGUGAACCACGCCGUUCUCGCUGUGGGGUACGGUGAAGAUGCCGGGACCCCCUACUGGAUAGUGAAGAACUCCUGGGGACCAAUGUGGGGAGAAAAAGGGUAUUUCCGUAUCGAACGGGGGAAGAACAUGUGCGGACUGGCGGGGUGUGCUUCAUACCCGGUCCCUCCGGUGUGAAAAGCGGCGCCCAAGCUCGAAAGAUGAACUCCAAGCAAGAUGUGAGAUUGUAAUGAACUUGUUCUUUGUGCACUGGUAAGAGCACUGGAUAAACAGCUCCUGUGACAUCACCUGAUCUUUAGCUCACGAGUGCGAUCGCUUGGAGUGGGGCCAGUCUUCAUGGUGGAAUUACCCUUGGCAUUUCCUUCUGUGUCAAGGCCUCUGAUGGCUUAAAUACACAGAGAAUGUGCUCAGCCAUAAUGGCUGUGCCCUUUUAAAGAUUCGGUGAUGUCAUAGGAGCCGCAAGCCAGUAUGUAUACAGAAGUUCACUAUGCACUUUUAAAAUCAUAACCUGCAUGAAAGAUUUUGAUUGUUUUUACAUAAAAAGGGAAACUGACCAGUAUGAUUGUUUCUUUAUUGCUUCUGAUCAUGUUAUAAUUUCAACCAAUCAGUAAUCAAGAUGGCAGCAUCAAUAUAUACAGUAGUGAUAAUACAGGAAACAGUUUCAAUGGAAAAUGCAGUACUGUUUUUUUAGCUGACAGAAGCUGAGUUUAUUCAUUGUUCUAUAACAAUCAGCUAUAAUCAACUAUUUGCGCCGAUGAAAAUAAUGCUUUCAUUUUAUUUUUUAUUAAAGUUUGUUUUUACAAUUAAA